AUGAAGCGGAUUUGCAAGAAGAAGAGAUCGAGCUCGAUCGAGCUGAGGAUCGAGCUGAGACUCAAGCUGAAGAUGGAGUGCAGGAAAGCGCUGACUUGGAGGAUUGGACUUCUCCAAAAGCUCACCAAGUGGCAAGGGAAGGCCAUGGACAAGAUGCAAAAGUCCAUGGAUAAGAUGGUCACUCCUCACCACUCAAAGGAGACUCCCUGCCCAAGAGCCUCACAGAGCCUCUUCUUUCGAGCCAAGGGAAGGAGAAGACAACACGCAGAGAAGGAGGAAGACUUCCAAGGCCAGACGCUCCAGCUCGACCACCGGACUCGAUCGAGUCCAAACAGAGGAAACUCAACUCGUCGAGCUGACGGUCGAGCUGACCUGGAGGAGCCCCAGUUCGAGGAUCCGGGAUUUGAAUACGAUCCCAUGCCUUACCAGGAGCCUCCCCGGAGUAGAUGGAACCCCUAUGGACAGUACGAGCUACCAAUGCUCCACCAAGGCCAAGGAAGCCACACACAUUUCAACGAUGAAGAAGAGGAGGAAGAGGAGCCACAAGCUCGAUCGAGUGAGCCACAAGAGGCAACCCCAGUUGCAUGGAGCGCUCCUGAUGGCCGUCUCCCAUCUCCAGACCACGACCUAGUCUCCCAGUUCUUUGGGGGACACUGA